CAGAAUGAAUGUCCUCUUUGUGGCUUCACUGAUGGGUAAGUACUUCUGAUUCUGAUGAAACCGAUAUCAGCAUUUCUGAUCGGCAUGGACUUUCUGCCUGCAUCAUGGUUAGAGUGCAGAAAAAACAUUUGGAAUAUGAAUUGGAGAAACAGGUGUUGAUAAAUUUGGUCUGUGUCCUGGAGGGUGAGAGUAGCUUGAAUCAGAGGACUCUCAAAGGACCAAACUCACGUUCACUUACAUUCAAACAAGAAAAAACUGAAUGGUAGUGGAAAAGGGAGAAUAAAAACGGGAUGAAAGAGCAUUUCCAGGGCAAACAUAUUUUUGUAUGACUUCAGCAUCUUAAUGUUUUGUGCUCCUCAGACUUCAUCCCUUCACUUUGAGAAGAGAUUUAUUAAUUUGCAUCCAAAAAUUCUUCUCCUCUCGACUGGCAAUACACAUUUAUUGAAGUACUGCGGUAGGAAAUUUUGACUUUUCGCGAAAUCAUUUUAAAGACCCAUAGCGCGAAGGUGGCAGUUAAUAGUAGCUUCCGGGAUGUCACCACCUAAUUGAGCAAAAAUACCAUAAUUCAGUUGCAGGAUUUGAGUGAAAUGGUAAGUGGGAUUGGAAAUGGAGCUGGACGGAUGAGAAGGAGAUGGAGGGUCUAAUAGCAGCAAAGCUGUUGUACCGCUCCAGACCACCAAAUGUUAGACUGCUGCGAUGGUGAGAUUAGGGAAUUUACGACUCAUCAUGAACAAAAUGAGGAAAGAAUUGACUUUCUCAAAUCUAUGCUGAAAAAAUAGAAAAAAGAGUAUACAAGGUAGAAAAGAAUAAAACAAAAACCCAAGUGAUGGGUAUUUAAAAGAUGUGUCACAUAUAAAAACUUAAAGGGAGGACCUUAAAAAUCAGAGCAACUGGCUGCAAUGCAGCAUAAGACAAAGGAUAUCACUUGCACAACAAAACAUAGACCAUUGCUGUAUAGGGAAAAAAUACUGAAAAAAAAUGACAUCCAGUUUCAGUAAAGUGGAAGGAAGGCGCAGAAAUGGAACAGUAAGAAGAACAGUUCUUCAAUCAGCUCCUUUUCAAUCUGCCUAUCCUGUAUGAAUUAAUGAUGCUUACUGUUUUUGAAAUGAAAAUGUUGAUGGAAAUGUAUGUCAGCGGCUGUAAUGAGAUCGAAAUAAAUAUUUCCUUUCAAUUAAAAUAUGUAAAACAUCAUCAAAAUCAUCAUGCAAGAAGAACCAGUAUAACAAAGAGAGUACUGUACAAAAAGAUUGUCAUUAGUAGAGUCUUUUGUCAGAUGUAAAUUUCCUCCUGCAUCAUGUGAUGAUUUAUUUUAGUGUUGAUCGAGAGACAGGACAGGACAGGAACUAAAUACAUGUGCAUCUUGUCUGAGAUGAAAAGAUGCCUUGAUGAUUAAUAAGUCGAGGCCCGUGAUUUAAAAUCAGGCCUGGAAAGAAAGCUCUUUUAUUUUAUGUAAUAGAAGUGAACUUAAAAAAUGACCAAAAAUACCAAGAGUGUUUUGACAUUUCAAAAACACAAAAUGUCACAUAUAUAUCGUAAUUGCUUGAUGUCUUUUGCACUUAUAAAUCCAACUCAGAUGCUUUAUUUCAUUCCCAACUAUUCACAAAGCUGUUUCCUUGUAGUCGCAGGAAGCAUCGAAGUAGCUCCAUUUUAUUUUCGUGACGGGGCGGCAGCAUUUGUUGUACCAGCUGCUAUGACUGAAGAGUCUUUGAAGGUCACUCUGUCUCUGCAUCCCUCUGCGUCUCACGUCUUCCUCUACGAGUGUGUUUUAUUCAAGUGUCAAGUCCACAACUCUACUGCUGCUUGGAACUUCCAGUGGUUCAGACACACACCACACACUGCUCUCCGCAUGAACCCCAGAUAUAUGAAAACCUGGGAUAUCUUCACUAUCACAGCAGUGUCGAGAGAGGACGCUGGAAACUACUGGUGCCAAGCUGAUCGCUGGGAUAACAACUCCACCACGGUGCUCCUGAGUCAGGUGGUUAAUCUUAAUGUGUCAGAUCCUCCCUCAUCUUCUCCGGUUUUGACUCAAGACACUCGACAAAUUUUCAGUGGUUCUCAGUCACCUUUUCUAUGUCCUGAGAGCCAGAACAACAGUACAGUUUGGGAACAAAGGUCAUCUGUUGAUGACCACACUGGCGUAAACAGUGACCUCCAGCCUGUCCUCUACUGGUGUGAGAGUGCAGAGGCCCGCAGCAACGCAGUCCUUAUCACUUCAGUGAGCGUUGUUGGUGUCAUUAUCAAGACGCCCAGCUUUGCUGUACCCGAGGGUACAGAGGUGGUCAUCUCCUGUCAAAAUGGGAAGGGAGGGGUGAGAUCCAUGAGGUUCUUCAAAGAUGGCAUUGAAAUCCCCACCAACACGUCCUAUAUAGGACAGAGAACAACAGCCAUAACAUUGGAUCAUGUGACUCUUGCGGAUCAAGGAAUCUAUCAGUGUGCGUCCGAGGAUGGACUGCUGGAGAGUCAAGGAAGCUGGUUAUCAGUCAAAGGGACAGAUUUAAGAGCCUUCAAACAGGGCAGCUGGGAGUGGGCCGCUGGAUCAUGUGUGAUCGUGCUUUUGCUGGUCAUUCCUCUUGGCUCCUGGCUCUGUCAUCUCUACUGGAAACAGGUGUUCAGCGCUCGUAGCUGUUGGAGAGCAUCCAGUCAGAAAACGCUGUCUCCUGGUCUUCCUGUGACUCAGCAGGACACAACAGAAGUUCAGUGGGACCUGGAGAUGUCCAAUCUGCUGGAUAAGCAACAGAAUCCUGGUGCAUGAAGACACAAGGAGAGAAAUCCACCGGUUCUGAAUUGUUUGCAAUAAAAAGUUACACUUAGUGCAGUGACAUUUACAUGGUGCAUGAAAUAGGAAUGAAUUCACAGCAUUCAUUUGCAGAUUAUGCUCUGUCUAUUGAGCAAAGAAACUUCUUCUAUUUCUCCUGGGGAAGACAGAGCCGUUGUAAUGCAGUGAGAGAGGAUGUACCUCAGCCCCUCCCAGAUAAACCCUCUCUUUUUAGGAGUUUCCUUGGCUCUUUUGGCUCAGCUCUAGUCCAGAACAAGAGGCUUUAGAUAUGAAAACAAUAAUUAGAGCUUUCU